AUGUCAUCGCUGUGGAACGCCUUCACCAGCGGCAACAAGCCGCGCCAUGAGCAUCGCCCGGAACAAGCACAUGCCGUCCAUUCGACCCCUUCACCAGCAACACCAGCAACACCAGCAACCAGCUCCACAGACAGCUUUGACCCGUCGCUGGGCCAAGGAGUCGAGGCUUUCCUUCACAGCUCAACCUUUUCCGACCCCUCACAGCUACACCCCCUGGCUGGCUUGAACAAGGACACGCUCGAGUAUCUGAGCCUCGAGGACUCGGCCCUUUCCGAACUGCCCGGCGGCCAAUCUGUUCUGCCUUCGCGUGGCUUUACCGACGAUCUUUGCUAUGGCACCGGCAUCACAUACCUGGCAGCCCUGUCGAUAGGAGGCGCAUGGGGUCUGAAGGACGGCCUCCAAAAGUCGGUCGGGCAACCUCCCAAGUUGCGCAUGAACGCCAUUCUCAACGGCAUGACCAGAAGGGGACCUUUUCUCGGCAACUCGGCUGGUGUUGUGGCCAUUGUGUACAACUGCGUCAACUCCUUGAUCGGUUCCCUUCGCGGCAAGCACGAUGCUGCCAAUUCGGUUGUUGCUGGUGUGCUCAGCGGCAUGGUGUUCAAGAGCACCCGCGGCGCCCGGUCGAUGAUGAUUUCCGGAGGCGUUGUCGGGUCUGUUGCUGGCAUCUGGGCUAUUGCUCGGCGAGCUUUUUUCCCCCUUCCCGAAACCGCUGCUUCCAUCGAAAACUUGUAA